AUGCUCCGCCUCGGGCUCUGGCUGCUGGGCGUGUGGUGGCUGCAGGUGGUGGCCCCCAGUGCCCGCCUGCCCCAUGUGAAGCAGUAUGAGGUAGUGUGGCCCCAGCGCCUGCCAGGAUCCCGUGCCCGCCGAGCCCUGCCCUCUGACUUGGGCCUGUAUCCAGAGAGUGUGAGUUAUGUCCUUGGUGCCCGAGGGCACACCUUCACUCUGCACCUGCGGAAGAACAGGGACCUGGUGGGCUCGGGCUACACGGAGACCUAUACGGCUGCCAAUGGCUCCCAGGUGACUGAGCAGCUGCAGAGUCAGGAUCACUGCUUCUACCAGGGUCACGUGGAGGGGCACCCUUUCUCUGCUGCCAGCCUCAGCACCUGUGAUGGCCUCAGGGGCUUCUUCCGGGCGGGCUCAGCUGUCCACCUGAUUGAGCCCCUGGGUGGAGGUGGCGACGAGGGGCAGCACGCGCUCUAUGAGGCACAGCACCUGCAGCAGAAGGCGGGGACCUGUGGGGUCAGCAACACCAGCCUGGAGAGCAUCCUGGGCCCUCGGACCUCGGCAGCUUUCAGGCCCCGGAACCGGCCAGUAUCCCAGGAGACCCGCUAUGUGGAGCUGUAUGUGGUCACAGACAGCAGAGAGUUCCAGCAGCUGAGGAGCAGAGAGGCUGUGCGCAGGCGGGUGCUGGAGGUGGUGAACCAUGUGGACAAGCUUUAUCAGGAACUCCGCUUCCGCGUGGUCCUCGUGGGCCUGGAUAUCUGGAACGUGGACAAGAUUCAGGUCAGCCCCGAGGCCGGCACCACACUGGACAACUUCCUGGCCUGGCGGGCACAGAACCUGGUGGGGCGGUACCCUCAUGACAACGCACAGCUCAUCACUGGGGUCGACUUCACCGGGUCCACUGUGGGACUGGCCAAGGUGUCUACCAUGUGCUCUCAGGACUCAGGGGCUGUGAACCAGGACCACAGCCAGAACCCAAUCGGCGUGGCGUGCACCAUGGCCCACGAGAUGGGCCACAACCUGGGCAUGGACCACGAUGAGAACGUCCAGGGCUGCUACUGCCCCGUGCCACGCAGUGGCGGCGGCUGCGUCAUGGCAGCCAGCAUCGGCUCCUCGUUCCCCAGAAAGUUCAGCCAUUGCAGCCGGGAGGACCUGGAGACAUUUGCGGAGAAGCCCCGUAUAAACUGCAUCGGGAAUGCUCCAGACCCCGACCGCCUGGUGGGCGGUCCUGUGUGCGGGAAUGGGUUUGUGGAGCGCGGGGAGCAGUGUGACUGCGGCCACCCCCAGGACUGUCAGAAUCACUGCUGCAAUGCCACCACCUGCCAGCUGGCCCAGGGGGCCGAGUGUGCCCAUGGUGAAUGCUGCCAUGAGUGCAAGGUGAAGCCGGCCGGCAAGCUGUGCCGCCCCCACAAGGACGCCUGUGACCUGGAAGAGUAUUGUGAUGGCCAGCGGCCAGCUUGCCCAGAGGACGCCUUCCAGGAGAACGGCACACCAUGCCCGGGGGGCUACUGCUACAACGGAAUCUGUCCCACAAUGGCCCAGAGGUGCCAGGACUUGUGGGGACCAGGUGCACGGCCUGCCAUGGAGAUGUGCAACACCUACAGUAUCUCACCAGGCUGCAAGAGCAGUGUCACCCGUGGUCCCUACCGGGCCCACUGUGGCAUCCUGUUCUGUGAAGGUGGGAAGAAGCCUCCAGAGCGGGGCUCCUGCACCAUCACCUACAACUCAGGCGCUUGCCAGGCUCUUGACCUUGACAGUGGCUCUGGGUACGAGCAGGUGCUCGAAGGCACCAAGUGCGGUGAUGAGAGGGUGUGUUGGAAAGGACAAUGCCAGGGCCUCCACGUCUACAGGUCCAGAAACUGCUCUGCCCAGUGCAACGGCCACGGGGUGUGCAACCACAAGGGGAAGUGCCACUGCCAGCCGGGCUGGGCCCCACCCUACUGCACAGACCAGCUGGCCAACAUGCGCACAGCAUCUGGGAGCCUCCUGAUGGGUGUGCUGGUGCCUGUGUUGCUCCUGGUGGCUCUGGCGCUCAUUGUGGUAGGCGUGGUCAUCUACCGCAAGACUGAGAGCCACAUCCAACGGAGGAACGUGGCAACCAAGACCGCUGUGGGGCUCUCCAACCCCCUGUUCCACGAGAGGGGCAUUGGGGCGGCAAAGGGCAGGGCUCCGGCCCCCACUGUGGGCUCCCCAGCGCCAGUCCCUACCAUGCAUACCAUCCACCCCGGCCAGCUCCCCAGGCCCACAGCUUCCACAGUGACCUCUAAACAGCCACUCCCUGCUCCUCCGGUCACCAUGUCCAGCCCACCCUUCCCAGUUCCUGUGUACACCCAGCAGGCCCCAGCCCAGCUCAGACCUGCUCCUCCCACUAAGCCCCUCCCGGAGCUGAAGCCCAGACAGGUGGUCAAGCCAACUUCCGUGCCCCCGAUGCCACCAGUCAAGCCCAGGGCUGGAGGGGCCAACCCUGGACCCACUGAGGGAGUUGUUGGCCCAAAGGUUGCUCUGAAACCCCCUGUCCAAAGGAGGUGA